AUGAGGAAACUGAGGCUCAGAGAGGUCACAUGGCUUGCUCGAGGCCCCCCAGCCAGUGUGACCCCGCAUCCCUGCCCCCUGGGCCACCUGCAGGACGCUGGCCCCUGCCGCUCAGCAGACGCCGCCGAGAGAUGAGCAGCAGCAAAGAGCAGCGGUCGGCAGUGUUCGUGAUCCUCCUUGCCCUCAUCACCAUCCUCAUCCUCUACAGCUCCAACAGCGCCAACGAGGUCUUCCAUUACGGCUCCCUGCGGGGCCGCACGCACCGGCCCAACUUCAAGAAGUGGAGCCUCGCGGAUGGCUUCACCCCCAUUCUGGGCAACAAGACACUGCCCUCCCGGUGCCACCAGUGUGUGAUCGUCACCAGCUCCAGCCACUUGCUGGGCACCAGACUGGGCCCUGAAAUCGAGCAGGCCGAGUGCACCAUCCGCAUGAACGACGCGCCCACCACGGGCUACUCGGCCGACGUGGGCAACAGAACCACCUUCCGCGUGGUGGCCCACUCCAGCGUGUUCCGGGUGCUGCGCAAGCCCCAGGAGUUUGUCAACCGCACGCCCGAAACCGUGUUCAUCUUCUGGGGCCCCCCGAACAAGAUGCAGAAGCCGCAGGGCAGCCUGGUGCGCGUCAUCCAGCGGGCAGGGCUGGUGUUCCCCAACAUGGAGGCCUACGCCGUCUCUCCCGCCCGCAUGCAGCAGUUUGACGACCUCUUCCGGGGUGAGACGGGCAAAGACAGGGAAAAGUCCCAUUCGUGGUUGAGCACAGGCUGGUUUACCAUGGUGAUCGCGGUGGAGCUGUGUGACCACGUGCACGUCUAUGGCAUGGUCCCCCCUGACUACUGCAGCCAGCGGCCCCGCCGGCAGCGCAUGCCCUACCACUACUAUGAGCCCAAGGGGCCGGAUGAGUGUGUCACCUACAUUCAGAACGAGCACAGCCGCAAGGGCAACCACCACCGCUUCAUCACUGAGAAGAGGGUCUUCUCGUCGUGGGCCCAGCUGUACGGCAUCACCUUCUCCCACCCCUCCUGGACCUAAGCCAACCUGCCUGGGGGAUCUCCCGAAGGACACAGAAGUGGCUCUGGGCUCAGCCAACCGAGCUGGAGCCAGCUUCUGAGCAAUCGAGGCUGGUGACAGUGUCUCCCAGCCAAUCGGGGCCUUGAUGAGGGUAUAUCCUCCAGCCAGUCAGAGUGCCUGGGGGUAUCUCUUGGCCAAUCAGGGAUUUGGGAUUCUAUGUGGGUCAUCAGGGGUGUCAGGUCUUUCUUGUCCAGUCAGGGUC